AUGAUAUGCGACUCGCGUACGUGCGGCGGUUGCCGGUACCUGGAGGAGGACCGGCAGGACGAUCGGGCGGCGAGCCUCGCGGAGUUCCUGGCGAACUGUCAACACGCGAAAUGCAAGGUGGUCCGUCUGGUCCGUCAGCAAAUAAGUAAACUGCAGAAUGUGCAGUACGAGCGUCUCCUGGCCGCGAGCGAGGUGCGCGACGAGGCGCGCGAGAGGACGAGUAGCAGAACGCCGCCCGCUGAGAUGCACGAAGCGACCGACAAUGAAGUCCACGAAGUGUACGGCGAAAUGCACGAGCCGUACGGCGAUCUGUACGAGGUGGAGGGCGAAGUAGAGCAGGCGUUCAACGGGUCGCACGGCAAACUGCAGAAUGCGGCUGUAGUCGCGAGGCGAACUGGCGGAGCGACGGACGUAAUAGGGAACGCGGCGACCGCAUCCUUGCGUCGCGCGGCGUCUCCUGGGAGAGCGGUGGACCGCAAGUGGAUGCUGCGGAUCCUGGAUCGCGUUCGUCAUCGAGCGCAUCUGAUACUGGCGGCCGCUGCGGUCGGCGUGAUAGUCUGGACCGCUCUGGUGUACGGUGUCUUCCUUGGCGCGACUGCCUGCGGAAGCGGUCGCACCUGCUUCCGGUCGUCUCUUAAAUAUACCCACGCUAAACGCACGCUGUUUUAAACCCCCUCUCGCAUCAUCCCCUGCAUCAUCGACCGUCCCCCCACCCCCGGUGGUUAAAGUUAAACCGAGGUUUCAAAACCCACUUCACUUCCGCGCCCGCGAGAAGAGAUGGAAAAAGGUUGACCGCCGGCUAGCUUUUAAUGAAGAUUUCUAAGAACCCAUUUGUAGAACGCGUCCUUUUUCUUUUUCGCGAAAUUGCGCGAAGAGUGCCCCCGUUCGUAUUUAUUGUGUACGUCGAGGUGUAUCCUUCGGUAAAUCCAGAUUUUUAAUUCGCUGUCACUUCUAAGAGAUAAAGCGAAGUGCUAUUUUUAAAUGCAUUUCAUACAUAUCUAUGUACGUAUAUUGCUUUGUUUUUAUAAAAUUCUGAAUAAAUAUAAAUUUUAAUA